AUGGUCCGUUACGCCGCCGCCUCCGUCGCCCUGAACCCCGAGAAAACCUCCCGUGCCCGAGGUGAAUACCUCCGCACGCACUUCAAGAACAUGCGUGAGGUUGCGGCCGCGUUGACUGGCCUCAAGCUCACCAAGGCGUACACCUACCUCGCCGACGUCUCGGACCACAAGCAGGUCAUUCCCUUCCGCCGGUUCGCGGGCGGAACUGGUCGCUGGCCCGAGAAAUCCGUAAAGUUCGUCCUCCGUCUCCUCAAGAACGCCGAGUCGAAUGCGGAUGCGAAAAACCUUGACCUCGAGGACCUCUACAUCAAGAACAUCGUCGUCCAGCAGGCUCCCAAAACCCGCCGUCGCACGUACCGUGCGCACGGUCGCAUCAAUCCCUACCAGGGCCACCCCUGCCAUGUCGAGAUUAUUCUCUCAGCAACUGACUCCGAGGUCGAGCGGGCCAAGGACAAGGACGCCGUUGCCGCCUCAUCACUCUCCGGCCUUAACAGGCGACAGGUCGCCCGCAGACGUAUUGAGGCUGCUCGCGCACCCGCUGCUUGA